AUUCCAUAGAGAUUCCUGUGUUUACGAAUGGCUUCCGAACGUGCGAAAUUUGCUUUCAGGUCUCUGCCAAAUAAAAAGUUCUCUUUCUUUGAAAAUAAGGAGAAUCAAGAAAGAUUAUUGAAAUGGUCAAUGAAAGAUAGAAUUCUAAUUCAAGGUUUCCUCUUCGACAAGCAGUUUAAAGAAUACGAAAAAGAUGAAUUUGUUUUGGAUUUCUUUAAGGACCCAGAAGUAACAAGUAGCCUAAAAUCACUCUCAUCUUCAGGAAAAUGGUCUCCAAUUGGAAUAGAAGCUAAAAGUGUUAAGGUCGAAACAAUACCAGUCACAGUGAUUUCAAUGGAUUUUUUCGAUAAACUAUAUAAAGGAGUUGCCAAAGAAAGUGGAGCAUUAUGUAAAUGUUUGGAUGAAUAUAUUGACGAGUUCAUUGCCUCAGAUGAACUAAGAAAGAUGAUGUUGAGCGAAGAGUCUGAUUAUUAUGACAUAUUCGACGAAUCAGAGAAAAGUGAACUACUUUUCCGUUUAUUUCGACAUCUUUGUAUCGGAGGUCAAGUUUGCCAAUACGAGGAUGAACUCCAGCCAUAUUUGGACAUUACAAAAGGAUUGUAUAAAGAUCUUGUAAGCGUUGUCAAGGAUUCAAACAGCAAUAAGCUUAAAGUUCAAUCUAUAGCGUUUAAAGUUACAGCUUUUGAGAAGGAUGGAGCUAUCUACUUUCCGUCAACUAAGAACCAUAUGCAAGAUUUCGCCUAUUUAAUAAUUGAUCCUUUAAAGAGACAUGUUAACGUCAUUCAACAUGUCUUUGGCGCCUCCGCUUUUUAG